CACAAUCACGCACAGAGUCGCGACGGAACAUUUUCCAGUUAGAAAACCGAUUUCGGCACCAGAAUUAAAACGUUCAAUAAAAUUAUUAACACACCAACGUCAGUUAAGUAGAAAAUAAAACGUUUUCAGCUGAAAAAGAACAGGCUCUGUUGUAUUCCGUUAUUAACCAUACAAACGUUUUCUCCUCUCGUCGAUUGGAAUUUUGAAACCAGGCUUCAAAAAAAUCUUAGCGGGAGUUUUGUUUACUCAAAGCAUACUGUUAUAAUAACAUUGCAGAAUGAGCAGCAUUAACUUUGCGGCCUUCGGCGGCAUCAACGGAGUCGGCAGUAUUCGGGGACUACUGGCAACGAAGAAGUUCGCUAGAGUAAUCCGACUGAAACGAGACGCAAUUCACGCCAUCGGCAGGUAUCAAACAACGAACAUUGUAGAGCCACGACCGAAACAGGAGCAAGGCGAGAGGUCAACACAGCAUAUCGAGUUUGAAAACACUUUUCGCCUAGAGCCUACUAACAGACUAGCAUCAUGCAGAGGGAAGAUUACGGCAAUGGUUCAGGCACUAUUUGACGAACAACUCGAGAACAUAUCCUACUCAGAAACAGGGCAGGAAACUAAAGAAAUGUCGCUUGAGUUUUCCGACUAUAUUAAAAACCAGCUGCUACAAAUGGGAUUUCCAAGAUACAAAUUUAUUGUCAUGGUAUCCAUCGGACAGAUCAAAAACCAGGACGUUCGCAUGUCAAGCAGGUGUCUCUGGGAGCCUAAAUUUGAUACUCAGUUCACUAUCAACUACAAAAAUAAGAGCCUCUUUGCUAUCUGUGUGAUUUUUGGCAUAUACCAUGAGUAAAUGAACGUUCAUGUAGUUAGAAAAGAAUAUUAAAUUACCUCAUUUCCAGCAUUUACUGGUGGUCUCCCAAUCAGUAAACUUUGCCGUUUUCCCUUUUUCUGAGUUAUUAAUUGAAAAAUCAUUUUUUAAAAAGAGGGUUCAGCUGGAGGUAUUUGCUUGGUAUUGAAUGAAUUUGC